AUGAACCCGCGAGUCGAGGAGGUGUCCGACUCGGACUCUGAUCCUCCGGAGAUGGAGAUUUCGGAUGCUCCUUCCGCUAUCGAUGCGUCCCACAUACCCAACUCGGCGCUACCCGCCGAAAUGUUGCAACCCCAAGCCCCGGGGGUCACCACAUCUGCCGAUCGCGAGAAAUCCAAGCAUUUCCAGUGUCUAUACCCAAUAUACUUUGACAAGUCUCGCACGCGAGCCGAAGGACGCCGUGUAGGGGCGGAGCUAGCAGUGGAUAAUCCGCUCGCGCGCGACAUGGCUGAUGCCACCGCAAGCCUGGGACUCCAAACAGUAUUCGAGCCCGACAAGCUUCACCCCAAAGAUUGGAGCAACCCAGGCCGCAUUCGGGUCUUGCUCAAGCAGGAUGGAAAGCAGCUGAACAGAAACGUCAAGAACAAGCAUCAUCUCUAUAUCCUGGUCUCCCAGUACUUGAAGGCGCACCCUAUACAGAAGAACAGCCCUUUCAGACUGCCCAUCAGGGGUCUUCCAAUGCCCAAGGAAAUGCCGGAACCUGCCGUGCCCAAGGGUUGGAAACUAAACAAGAUCCUUCCACUUCACUCUCCAGCGCUGACGGGUGGGGGCGUUAGUGAGAAUUUCCUCCAGGACAUGAUGGCCGAGAUGCAGGGAGACAUGGGAGGCGCUGCAAGCGGCGGCGAAGUUACUGCCGGCGGAGGCCAAGGCGGAGGUGGGGGCAACAAGAGCAAAAAGGACAAAAAGAAAAAAUGA